GGCCUCUAUCGGGAGGUCCAUGAAGGGACGGACUGUACAAAAGUUCUAUCAAAGAUUCUCAUAGAGGAUUCGAGACAUUGCCGUGGCAACAGAACACUUGGGAGGGGUCAACUCGAAAGUACAGAAAGGGACUGAAGAGCUGAGUGGAGAAGCAGAACAUAUCAGAGCACAGUGUGAGCUCCAGCCAUGAGAAGAAAAACAUUUUGGGACUUUUGGGGGAAUUCAAAAGAGGAAGAAGAAGUUGUGAGGCGAGCUGCUCAACUGAAGCCAUUCACUUCGGAACUGAAAAUGUUGCUGGGUAACGGUGCUUUGCGGGCACAGUUGGAGAAUAGCAAGAUGGUGUCUCUGCUGCCCCCUGUCGGUACAAAUGUCUUCAGGCACUUUACACCUGGCUCACUGAAAGAGAUUCAACGAUGCCGUGAAGUCCAAGAAAAGGAACGACAGAAAAGAGAAGACAAGAAUAUCUCGGUGACAAUAGCACAGGAGAAUCCAGCAGGUGACUUGAAGAGUGGCAAGCCUCUUCCUUUCAUCUUUGGGGACCCAUCCCCUGAAUUUGUCAACACCCCUCUGGAGGAUCUGGAUCCCUUCUACCAAUCACAGAAGGUCUUCAUCGUUCUGGAUGGACAAAAGGUCAUCCACAGAUUUAAUGCAGAUCCUGCUUGUUACAUGCUGACUGCUUACAACCAUGUGAGGACCUCUGCCAUUAAGAUCCUCCUUCACUCCUUUUUCCGAGCUUUUAUCCUGCUAACCAUUUUGACCAAUUGCGUGUUCAUGACCGUACAAGAGCCUCUAGAGUGGACCAGGAUUGUCAAGUUCGCUAUUAUCACCAUCUACGCAAUUGAAGUGCUCGUCAAAGUUGCAGCUCGAGGUUUCUGCGUCGGUCGGUUUACCUUCCUCAGGGAUCCGUGGAACUGGCUGGACUUGGUGAUCAUCAGCACGGCAUAUCUGGCGGAAAUGGUCAAUUUGGGCAGCCUUUCUGGAUUCCUACAAGUCCUCCCAGCACUCAAGCUCAUCCCAGCCAUACCCAGUGUGAAGAAAACACUCGGAGCGCUCACGCGAGUGGUGAGGAAGAUGAAUCACGUGAUCGCCCUGAGCCUGGGGUGCCUGAUGGUCCUCGCUGCGCUCGAGCUGCAUAACUUUAUGAGCUACUUAUUGAACAAGUGUGUGUUGAUACCCUCAAGCAACGACUCGUUUGUAGACCACAUCAACGACCCUGCAAAUUAUUAUUAUCUGCCUGGACACACUGAAGCUCAGCUGUGUGGAAACCGAUCCUCUGCCGGGACCUGCCCGGAGGGUUUUAUGUGUCUGAAUGUGGGAACAAACCCAAAUUACGGCUACACAAACUUUGAUUCCUUUGGCUGGGCUUUCCUGGCUCUACUCAGAUUGAUGACUCAGGACUUCUGGGAGGACCUUUUCCGACUGAUAUUGCGCUCAGGUGGCCAAAUCUUCACCAUCAACUUCUUGGCGGACAUUUUGCUGGCCUCUUUUUCUCUCGGGAGUCUGAUUGUGGCAGUGAUCGCCGUGGCGUUUGUGGAGCAGAAGCAGGCGGAGACGGCCGAGGCCGAGCAGAGGAACAAAGACUAUGCUGAAAUUGUGGAGACCUUGAAGAAGCAAGAGAAGGUGGACGGCAGCGGUGGCCUCGACGAGAAGCCGCGUUCAGAACGUGAGGACGAGCAACGGCCAUGUUCGCCGUGCUGCUCGGCGUUCACCGCCAUCUUCAUCAAGUGGACCUGUUGCGACGGCUGCCGGCCUAAGCAGCUGCUCCACCGCGUCGUCUCCGAUCCCUUCUUCGAUCUCUUCGUCGUCAUGUGCCUCCUGCUCAACAUCGUCUUCAUGGCCAUAGAGCAUUUCCCCAUGACGUAUCAGUUUGCGGAGAUGCUCAUUAUCGGGGAGCUGGUCUUCGCGGUGAUUUUUGCAGUGGAGGUGGGGCUAAGAUUUCUGGCCACGGGUCCCUACUUCUUCUUCCAGGUUGGAUGGAACAUCUUUGACUUGGUCAUUGCUGUCAUCACGUUGCUGGGGUUGCACUUGGAGGCCUUUUCUGAACUGAGCUUUAUAAGAUUGUUCUGCGUGAUGAGAGUGUUUAGGUUGGCCAGGUGGUGGCCCAACUUCAACGCGUUGCUCAAGCUCAUCAGAAGCUCCUUGGGUGUUCUGAGGCGCUUCACUCUUCUUCUGCUCAUCAUCAUCUUCAUCUUUGCGGCCAUGGGAUUUCGAAUCUUUGGAAGGGACUACAAAGACAAAGUGUGUCGCAUCUCAGAAGACUGCUCGCUUCCUCGCUACCACAUGGCGGAUUUCAUCCACGCCUUCCUCCUCACCUUCCGAGUUCUUUGCGGAGAGUGGAUUGAGACAAUGUGGGAUUGCAUGCAGGUCGCAGGGGAGCCUGCAUGUCUCAUCUUCUACGCAACUAUGGUGGUGGUCACAAAGCUGGCGCUUUUGAAUCUGUUCUUGGCCUUGUUGAUCAAAUCAAUCAACGGAGAUCAUCAGACAGCUUCAGAGGUAGAAGCACAAAAGAAUCUGCAGGAGGCCCUCAACCGGAUCAGCCGGGCCGUGAUGGGCGUAAAGUCCCAGGUCCUGGGGCAUCCGAGCAAGAAGACGGGAUGGAAGGCCAAUCUGAAUCCUCCUGAUCUUAAGAGCGAUGAGCCGGACCAGAAGGAGUUCUUGGCACUUACUUUCGUAAACACCGAAGAGCCAGAAUCUGAAGUCAAGACCUGUGAUGAAGCCUUCAAAAGUGCAUCUGCAAACGGAGAUGCUGAUGAAGAAAAGAAUCACGGCGACUCGGCAGCGGGAUUGCGCAAACCCGACGACCGAGACACACCUGCCCAGUGCUUCUGUGACCAGUGUUACCGUUGCUGUCCAGUCCUCAACAUGGACUCAUGUCCGGCAGGACUCAAAAUCUGGUCCAACUGGAGGAGAAUGUGCGUCUCAGUGGUUGAUCACAAAUAUUUUGAGGCUUUUGUGACCUUUGUAAUCCUCCUGAGCAGCUGCGCUCUGGCCGUCGAGGACAUCUAUCUGGAGAAGCGAGUGGUGCUCAGGAGCGUUUUGGAGUACGCCGACUACGUGUUCACAUGCAUCUUUGUGCUGGAGAUGCUUCUCAAGUGGUUUGGAGGUGGAUUCAAAAAGUACUUCACCGACGCCUGGUGCUGGCUCGACUUCCUCGUUGUGCUCAUAUCUCUACUCUCUACGUUUGCUACCCUUCUGGGCGUUCCUCAGCUGAAAGCCUUCACGUCUCUGAGAACUCUGAGACCCCUCAGGCUCUUGUCUCGCUUCGGUGGCACAAAGGUGGUGGCGACAACACUCUUCGGAGUCUUCCCGGCCAUCUUGGACGUGUUGCUGGCUUGUCUGACCCUCUGGUUGAUCUUCAGCAUAAUGGGAGUGAAUUUGUUUGCCGGGAGAUUUUAUUCCUGCGUCAACAGCACUUGGAUAAUGCAAGACGUCAACAACAAGACGGAGUGUUUCAUGCUGAUGGAAUCUAACUACUCUGAAGUCCGCUGGCACAAUCGCCAAGUCAAUUUUGACAACGUGGGGAUGGGCUUCCUCUCGCUUCUGCAAGUGGCAACUUUUAAAGGCUGGUUGGACAUAAUGGGAUCAGCAAUGGACUCCAAACAAGUUGAGUCUCAGCCAGAGUAUGAGGCCAACGUGUUUACAUCCCUCUACUUUGUCUUUUUCAUCAUUUUGGGCUCCUUCUUCACGUUCAACUUCCUCAUCAGCACUAUCAUUGAGCACCUCAAGUGGCAGAAGGCCAAGUUGGGAGCAACGGGAAUUUUCAUGACACAGGACCAGAUGACACUGUACGAUUCCCUGAAGGCGUUCAGACAGAAGAAAACCCAGAGGUCUGUUCCCCGGCCACAAAACAAGAUUCAGGGGUUGCUCUUUGACCUCGUGACCAAAGACUUCUUCGAUAUCGCGUUCACGGUGGUCGCUUGUAUCCAAGUGCUGGUCUUGAUGGUGGGAACACGGGACGAAAGCAUGGAAAAGCUCAAGAUUAUCUUCUGGAUCGACUUUGCUAUCAUCGUCAUCUUCACAGCCGAGUGCGUGCUGAAGCUCAUUGCGCUCCGACGGCACUACUUUGCGUUUGGAUGGAACAUCUUUGAUUUUGUGCUGGUUAUUCUCUUCAUUUUGGGAUUGGUCUUGGAAGAUGUGCUGACCAAAUACUUUAUCCUGACGCCUCCAUUCUUCAGCGUGAUUCGAUUGACCCGCAUCUUCCGGGUUCUUCAUCUCUUCCGUUUUGCAAAGGGAGUCCGAAGGCUGCUCUAUGUUUUGAUGAGGUCACUUCCUGCCCUCUUCAACAUUGGGCUCUUCCUCUUCCUCAUCAUGUUCACCUUCUGCGUCUUUGGCAUGCAACACUUUGCUUAUGUGAAGAAAAGAGCUCUGAUCGACGACGUGUUUAACUUUGAGACAUUCGGGAACGCGUUCAUCUGUAUGUUUACCAUGACGACGUUGGCCGGGUGGGACGGAUUGCUCCUACCCAUCAUAAGCGAGCCGCCGGACUGCGAUCCGGAUGUGGGAAACUGCGGUCGACCGGUGGUGGGCAUCCUCUUCCUCACAUCCUAUGUGAUCAUGUCUUUCCUGGUGGUGGUCAACAUGUACAUCGUCGUCAUUUUGGAGAAAUUCAAUAUGGCCGCCGAGGAAAGCAUUGACGAGCUCUGCGAGAUGUUUUAUGACACGUGGGAGAGGUUUGACCCACAGGUCUCAGGCUUGAUUCACUCCAGCCAGCUGUCAGAUUUCUGCGACAGUCUGAAAGAGCCGCUGAGAAUCGCCAAACCCAACGGAAUCAAAGUGAGCAACAUGGAUUUGCCUCUGGUUCCUGAAGACAAGAUCCACUAUUUGGACCUCCUGCUGGCCCUCACUGCUCAGGUGCAGGGAAUGUCAGGAGAGAGGGAUAAGCUAAAAGCUAGCAUGGAGGAGAAGUUCAAGGCCCACCAUCAAGCCAUCAACAAGCGGGAAGAUGAUGCCGCAAUCGUCAUCCAGAGAGCGUACAGGAAACACGCGGCGCAGUCGCCAGUCCAAACGGGAGCCCAAAAUGGAGACGUAGAAGCGUGAGGUGUACUCCUCACAAUGUGCGGGCACAACUUGACGCAUUCUGAUUGUCGUGUGGUCUGUGUAGAGGUUUUCUCCGACCACUAGAGGGCACCAGCUUUCAGAUCAACAAAAUGUUAACCUGAAGUAUUUUACUAACCGUAUCAUACUAACCAUUUUAAUCGUGUAUCCUACUUAAGCUUAGUCUUUGUACUUUGGAGCCUCACCACAAGACAAUAUAUACAAUUACUAAACAGCAGAUACAUUUUAUAUUAUGGCAAAACGGAUGUGAGCACUACAAUGUUUAAUUUCUUGUUGACAUGAUUGGAGGGAUGAAUAUGAGUAAAAUACUUUUUUUACCACCAA